CGCUAACGUCCACCCAGCCGCGGCUUACAGUUUAAACUAACAGUGCGGCUCUUCUAUUGGCUAAAACUGAGUCGGGCGGGGCUUCUUCGCGUUGACCAAUAAGAUGAUUGGCUUUCCUUGCUGACAAAUGCGCCCAAACACGGCCAAUGAGGACGCAGCGCAAUGUUUGGGGGCGGACCUAAUGAUUUUCGAACCUGGCGCCGGCGACGGGAAGAUGGCGGCUCCUCUUCAGCGCCCUAGUGUGUGCAAAGGAUAUCUGUCUCUGGUGCCUGUCUCCUUUGAUGAAGCUAAGAGAGAGAACGACGCAUCGUCCACGACAACAUCUAUGGAGUGGGACACGCAGGUGGUGAAGGGCUCCUUCCCACUGGGCGCCUCGAGGCUGGGGGCAGAGGAGCCGUGUGGCCCGCAUCUGCCUGUGUGGCUGCAGCCCGAGCGCUGCGCGGUGUUUCAGUGUGCGCGCUGCUGCGUUGUGCUUGCCGACUCGCUGCAUCUCGCCUGGGACUUGUCGCGCUCGCUCGGGGCGGUAGUCUUUUCCAGUGAGUGGGGCAGUGACGGGCGCUGGCGGCUGGGGAUUGUGCUUGCGGAGAGCGCUGGAGCGGGCAGUGGGAUAGAGGCCGGAAGGACGUGGAACCCCUUGCUAAGACUGAGGGCGAUUUAUUGGCAUUUUUGUGGCAGUGAUGAGUCUGUCCGAGUGAGGAGGUUUCUCUUCCAAGGCCUCUCGACACUCUUGCCUGUGUUUGUCUUCCUAGGAGUUACCAAUAACGUGGUUUUGGAAGCACCUUUUCUAGUCGGCAUUGAAGGCUUCCUGAAAGGCAGCACUUACAACCUUUUAUUCUGUAGUUCCUGCCAGGACCCCAUUGGUUUUCAUCUGUUUUCUACCCAUUCUGCCAUGGCUGCCUUAAGAGGUCACUUCUGCCUUUCAAGUGACAAACUGCUGUGCUAUUUCUUAAGAACAAAGACUAUAGUAAAUGCAGCAGAGAUGGAUAUUCACAAUGUAUUGCUACCAGAAAAAGUUGCAGAGCUGAAAGAGAAGAUACUGUUAACCCAUACUCGCUUACAGUCACUGAUGAAGAUUUUGAAGGAAGUAACUCCCAACCAGUCCAAGUCAGAAAACUGAUUCAGACCCUAUGCUUGAGUAUAGGCCUGACUGCUGUCUUCUUCAAGUAUUGUUUGAUGAUUCCUUGAGAAAAACUGGCUCUACAAUAGAUGGGAAGAAGUCUGGCAGUUGGCAUGUGGAACAUAUGAGAUCCUGGUUUCGAUCUCUGGUACCAUGUGAGAAAGCAACAAAGACAAAAUAUUGCAACUCUAUGGGUGGUAGAGCAGUGCUUUGGGCUUUCUCCUUUCUCCCCUCUCUCUCUAGUUAAGAAAAAGAUUGUAUCUCUCACAUGCAUGUCAGUCCCUAGUACCACAUAACAAAAAUGAGAAAUGUGAUUAAUUAUAACUGUCUCAAGGCAGAUUUUUCAAAAAACAUUUGAAGCUGCUUCUAGAAACUGCUCAGCCUUCUAUUCAGUUUCAUAGCUUCUUGCCUUAAAACUUGAAUGGCUAGGGAGUCGGGCGGUAGCACAGUGGGUUAAGCGCACGUGGCACAAAGCGCAAGGACCAGCGUAAGGAUCCUGGCUCAAGCCCCCGGCUCCCCACCUGCAGGGGAAUCGCUUCACAGGCGGUGAAGCAGGUCUGCAGGUGUCUAUCUCUCUGUCCCCCUCUAUCUUCCCCUCCUCUCUCCAUUUCUCUCUGUCCUAUCUAACAAGGACGGCAUCAACAACAACAAUAACUACAACUACAAUGAAAAAAAAAAAGAACUUGAAUGGCUGGGAAAAUGGCUCAGUUGCUAGGGUGCAGGACUUGCAGGUCUGAGGCUCCCAGUUCCAUCCCCAGCGCCACAUAUAUCAGAGUGGUACUCUGGCAUCUCUUGCUCAUUUAUGAAACUCAUUCUCAAAUGCAAUAAAAUAAUUAACAAAAAAUAAAGAUAUUUCCUAGUUAUUUUUUAAUAUUUCUGAAAACAUCUUUGAUUGUGGUAUUAGGAGGCUAUACCCCAUGAAUGCUGUGGUCUAGAGGUGAGAGAUUGGAGAGAGCAGGAGAAACACCUGCAGUAUUGCUCCACCACUCAUGAAGCUUCCCCACUGCAGGUGGGGAACCAUGUUUGCUCUACCUGGUACACCACCUGCACUGUACUGAACUUUAUUCUUCCCCCUGACCCAACCCCCCCCCCUUUUUUUUUUGCCUCC